AUGGUUAAAUUCACAGUAUUUAUUUUACUAACAGUUUGUAGGCAGUCACUGGGACAGUAUGUCUUGCUGACCAAUCCAGGCCGUCCAAACUUUCAGGGUUCAACCCAACAAAAUAAUGGUAUAUUUUCAGUUCAAAGGCUACCCGUGAAUGGGCUCGGUAACCCACCCCCACCGGUGGGAGCAGCACAAGAUCCGGCCACGCAAACUUGUGGACUCGCCCCGCCAUUUUGUGUUAAAUCUCGAUACCGCACUAUAGAUGGCUCCUGUAACAAUCUUCAACGACCCACAUGGGGAAUCCCACAAACACCUUAUGGCCGAUUGGUCCAUUAUAAAUAUGCAGACGGUGUCUCUGCCUUCGCGAAGUCUGUAACAGGCGACGACUUGCCUAAUCCCAGAGAAUUGAGCAACAUAUUGUUCCCUGAUCAACACCUUGUCGAUCCUGUGUGGAAUUUGAAUGCACAGCAGUGGGGACAAAUUAUAACACAUGACAUGUCAUUGACAGCAGGAAUACCACAGAGUCAUAAGGAACCUGUUACUUGCUGUGAUGACAACGGACAGCUAACUCCAGAUGCGGCUACCGAUCGUUUAUGUGCACCAAUCCUUAUCCCACCGAACGAUCCGGUUCACUCUCGAAUUGGUACUCGUUGUAUGAACUUUGUUAGAACAGGCACAACGAGAGACAGAGGCUGUACACCACCAUUCGCCCCUGCUGAGCCGAUUUCAACCGUAACAGCCUAUAUGGAUGCUUCAUUCUGCUACGGCAGCAGUGACGGACAAGCUCGUCCAAUUAGAGCUUUCCUUGGUGGUCGUUUACAAACCUACUUAAGAAGAGGCUCCGAAUGGCCACCACAAGAUCCAAAUGUUACCGUAACUUGUGAAUCUGCACAAUCACCCAACGAACCCUGUUACUUAGCAGGUGACAUUCGAGUGAAUCAAAACCCACAGCUCACAUUACUCCAAAUUAUAGUAGUCAGAGAACACAACAGAAUUGCUGACACACUAACCGCUCUGAAUCCACAUUGGAACGACGAGACCACAUAUCAGGAAGCAAGACGUAUAGUUAUCGCUGAAUUACAAUAUAUCAACUACUAUGAGUACCUGCCUAUUUUCCUAGGUGUUGAAAACAUGAUAAAAAACAAACUUAUAUAUCCUGGAGCAAGUGGAUACAUCAAUGAUUAUAACCCAAAUGUCGAUCCUACCGUGUUAGAUGAACACGCCACCGCUGCAUUUAGACACUUCCAUACAUUAAUACGCGGAUAUUUGCAAUUGGUAACAGAAGACAGGCACUUGGCUGGAAUUGUUCGUCUGAGCGAUUGGUUUAACCGUCCGCUAUUAUUAGAAAUCGAAAAUGCUUUUGAUGAUUUAACAAGGGGACUCACUUAUCAGCCUCAAGGCUUUAGUGAUCGAUUUUUUGAUAGCGAAAUCACACAGUUCUUGUUCAAGCGUAACAAUACUUUUGGUGGUGAUCUCCGCGCGACGGACAUACAGCGUGGGAGAGACCACGGCCUCGGCAGCUACAUUGCAACUCGCGCCGUAUGUGGCCUUCCAGUGCCAAAAACUUUCGAAGAUAUGACAGAUUUCAUUCCUAAAAAGAGCGUGGACCUCCUAAAAAUCGCGUAUGAAGCUCCUGAAGAUGUGGACCUGGUAGUGGCAGGAUCUCUGGAAACUAAUGUACCAGGAGCACAAGCGGGGCCCACUUUCCUAUGUAUCCUCACAGAACAAUUUUACCGCACACGUGUUGGUGACAGAUUCUUUUUUGAGAACGGAGGAGAUCCAGAAACAGCAUUUACUCCCAGCCAAUUAGAAUCCAUUCGCCAUGGGUCCUCAAUAGCUAGGAUUUUAUGUGACAACGCCCACAACGUACGACACAUGCAGCCAAGAGCCUUCCAACAAAUAUCGACUGGGAACAUGCCAGUGCCAUGUGAACAGUUACCCACCAUUGAUCUGAAGUUAUGGCAGUCAGUGGGAAAGUGA